ACCAAUCGAUCGAUCGAUCAUUUCGUGUCACCGUCGAUCGUGCCGUGUGCGCGAGCGAAUCACUAGUCGCGGCUCGAUCUAGCGAUGGUUCCACCGUACACGCUCGCCUUCUUCGCCGCGGCCGUGGCGCUGGCCGCCGCGCUGUGCGGUGGCGGCGCCGUCGCGCGGGCGCAGGACAUGGACAACGAGUGGGCGCGGAGCAGGGGGUUCUACGGCGGCGGCACCGGCAGCGGGGGCGGCGCCGCGCUGCUGCCGCAGUCGGACGUGGACCUGCUGGAGUUCCCGCUGAACCUCGAGUACCUGGAGGCGGAGUUCUUCUGCUGGUCGGCGCUGGGCUACGGCCUCGACGGCAUCGACGCCAACCUCGCCGGCGGCGGGCCUGCCCCCAUCGGCGGCCAGACCGCCGCACUCACCCCGUUCGUCCGCGACAUCGCCACCCAGUUCUGCUACCAAGAAGUCGGCCACCUCAGGGCGAUCAAGCAGAACGUGAGGGGGUUCCCGCGGCCGCUGCUGGACAUCAGCGCGGCGAACUUCGGCAAGAUCGUGGCGCAGGCGAUGAACACGACGACGCUGGACCCGCCCUUCAAUCCCUACGAGAACAGCCUCAACUUCCUCCUCGCCUCCUACAUCAUCCCCUACGUCGGCCUCACCGGCUACGUCGGUGCCAACCCCAAGCUCCUCACACCUCAGGCCAGGAAGCUGGUGGCGGGGCUGCUGGGCGUGGAGUCGGCGCAGGACGCGGUGAUCAGGGCGCUGCUGUACGAGCGCGGGCUGUCGCGGGUGGCGAGCUACGGCGUCGGGGUGGCGGAGCUGACGGCGCACAUCUCCGAGCUGCGGAACGCGCUGGGGAGGAAGGGCAUCAAGGACGAGGGGCUGGUGGUGGCGCCGGGGCAGGGGCCCGAGGGCCAGACCGUCGGCAACAUCAUCGCCGGCGACCGCUUCUCGCUCGCGUACGACCGCACCCCCGAGGAGAUCCUCGGCGUCGUGUACGGCUCCGGCGACCCCGCCAAGGCCGGCGGGUUCUUCCCCCAGGGCGCCGACGGCCGCAUCGCCAGAGCCUACAUCGCUUAGCCAAGCCGAUCAAAGAAAGGGACUUUAGAUGAAUCGGAACAUAUAUAAUUGCUGUUCUUGCAAGCUGUAGACUAUAUACUUACACCUUACAUGUGUGUCAGUGGGAAAAAUGUUUUGUUUCAGACCUUGGGCAUGAAUCAAUUUGGACAGUGUAUGCAUGCAUACUGGAUGCUAAUAUCAAUAAAUCAAGGGAUAUUUGCA